AUGGAUCCAAAAUCAAUAUCCACUUUAACUGACCAGCAGGAUUCAAUUGGUUCAGAGAUCGACAGAAUCAUUCGCAACUUCAAGAAGGACUCACCCAGCAGGAAAACACGUCAAUAUCUCGAAGAUCGUAAAACAACUUUAGAACAGUUAUUAGCUGACUUCAAGGCUAAUGAUGAGCAACUACAACAAGCCGAUGUACUAGCAAGAACAUCGGACUAUUUCACACAAGAUUACGGCAUGGUAAUCAUAAAUUUGGGUAACAAAUAUAUCACCACAAUAACUCAAGAGCUGGAAGCAUUACUCAUUAAGGCUCAACCAUCAACAAUAAAGGGGUUGGACCUUCAGAUAAAUAAUGAUGUUGAAGCUCCUGAAAUAGUAUUACCUACUGGUGGUCAAGAGAAUGAAAUUAAUCAGGCAUUAGUCAACAGACGAAAUGCAGUGUGUAAAUCAAUCAAUCGUCUCAUCCACAAUGUGAGACAAGAUAACCAGCAACAGGUACCACAAUAUUUUGCAGUAAAAUUAGCUACGCUUACCAAGUUAUGGGAUCAGGCUGAAGGUUUAAAUUUUACUAUUCAGGAACGGCAAGACAACCCUCCUGAUUGCAAUCAUUAUCUAGCACUUGAACAAUUGGUGCAAGAUACAAUGGUGGAAUGGACUAGUAAGUCGACCAAGAUUGAGACAUCAAUUAGGUCAACUUAUCAAUCAUCGGCUACUUUGCCAACAAUAUCUCUUCCAAAGUUCAGUGGAGAUUAUUUGAGUUGGCGACAAUUCAGUGACCUGUUUGUACAACUGAUACACAAUCAAAGAAUAUCAGACUCACAGAAACUCUGGUAUUUGAAAACCAAUAUUCAAGGCGAAGCUGAAGCACUCAUCAAGCAUUUGCAAAUAUCAGAUGCAAAUUAUGAGACGGCAUGGCAAUUACUACAAAGUAGAUAUGAGAAUAAAAGAGUUCUAGUAUCAGCAGUUUUGCAACGUUUGACAGCUCAAAACUCUUUAUAUGACCAUCCAACAGUCCAAGCCAUUAAAAAUAUGCAUGACACAACAAAGGAAAGUCUAUGUGAACUUCAUAAUUUAAAUAUUGAAACAUCAACUUGGGAUCCAAUUUUAGUUCACAUACUAUUAAAAAAAUUGGAUAAAGGUACACAUUGCAGUUUUGAACAAACUCUUACUAACCCAAAGGAGAUGCCCACAAUAAAACAAUUCUUAGAAUUUUUAGAAUUGAGAUUUCAGUCACUUGAGGCUAUAGGUCUACGAGACAAUGCAGUAUAUAAACCCAACAAAAGGAUAGCCGUAACUAUGGUUUGUUCAGAUCUAUGUAAAGUUUGUAAUACAGAUAAACAUCCGAUCUACUAUUGCAAAAGGUUCAUUGAAAUGACUCCUCCUGAACGAUUAAAUUGGAUUCAACGACAAAAACUAUGUGUGAAUUGUUUCAAAUCCGAUCAUAAAGCAAAGGUUUGUGAAGCUGGAUCAUGUAAAAAAUGUGCCAAGAAGCAUAACACUUUGCUCCAUUUAGAGCAACAGUCACCUAAACCUUCAAGGGCACCAGCAACAAACACAAAGUCAACCACAACAUUGAUCAACGCUAAUGAAUCGCCAUCCAUACCAGCAACAACUAAUGCAAAGUGUACUCGUAAUUACGUUCUGCUAGCCACUGCAAAGGUGCGCAUUAUUGCAAACAAUGGACGAACGUGUGAUGUUCGUGCCAUACUCGACUCAGGGUCUCAAGUUAACCUAGUAACCCAAAGAGUAAUCAACAAGUUAUCUUUAAUUACCACAAAUUCAAAUCUAUCGAUCGAAGGUAUUGGCCGUCAAUUCGGGAACUCAAAAUCUCGCGUAAAUGUUGAACUGCAGGCUACUAAUGGAAGCUUCAGGACGAGACUAGAGGCAUUUGUACUGCCACAAAUAAUAUCAGCACAACCGUCACGAGACCUAGAUAUCUCGGAUUGGCAGAUCCCACAGAAUGUAGAAUUAGCAGACCCCAGCUUUAACAGAUCUGGAAGAAUUGACAUGCUGAUUGGUGCUGAAUUCUAUCAUACUCUACUUCAACCAGAACAAUUGACAAUAGGAAAGAAUUCGCCACUGUUACAAAAUUCGGUUCUAGGUUGGUUGGUGGUUGGUAAGACUAAAACUACAACAGAUAUUAAACCAACAUGCGCUAUUACUACAGGAGAGGUUGGUGAAAUGUCAGAAAUGAUAGAACGAUUUUGGAAGUUAGAUAACAUUGAGACUGCAGAAAGGGUUUUGACUGUAUCUGAGAAAUGGUGUGAAAAUCACUUUACUAAUCAUGUAAAGACAAAUCGCGAUGGUCGUUUCAUUGUACGCUUACCUUUUCGCGAUGAUCCCACAACACUUGGUAGAUCGCGUGAGAUAGCAUUCAAUCGAUUUUGUUCUCUGGAAAGGAAGUUACAAAAGGACCCAAAUUUAUACAAGGAAUACAUAAAAUUCAUGGAUGACUACGAGUCAUUAGGUCACAUGGAAAAAGUUUGCCCAAAGGAUGUCAAAGGAUCACAAUAUUUCAUUCCUCAUCAUUGUGUCUUGAAACCUGACAGCACUACAACCAAAUUGAGAGUUGUCUUUGAUGCAUCAGCAAAAACAUCAAGCGGUUUAGCACUAAACGAUAUUUUGCACAAAGGUCCAACAGUGCAAAGUGAUCUUUUUUCAAUACUGUUGCGUUUUAGAAUACACCGGUUUGUAUUUACGGCCGAUAUUGAGAAAAUGUACCGGCAAAUUCAAGUACAUGAUGAAGAUACAGCACAGCAGCUGAUAAUCUGGAGAAAAAGUGCUGAUGAUAUUAUACAAUAUUACCGACUGAAAACGGUUACAUAUGGAACAAAGUCAGCCCCUUAUCUUGCAACAAAAUGUCUUCAACACCUUGCGAAACAUAAUAUGACCAACUAUCCGCUUGGAGCACCUGCAUUACUUAAUGAUUUUUAUGUAGAUGACUGUUUAUGCGGAACUAACAGCAUCAUUACCGCCUUAGACACUCAACAACAACUUACGGAACUGCUCAGUAAAUCAGGAUUUAAGCUGAGAAAAUGGUGCUCAAAUAAUACACGACUCCUACAAAACAUUCCGAUAGAAGACCAAGAAAUCAACCUUGAUUUAGAUGACUCAGCCAUAAAGCCAACAAAAACAUUAGGCAUUAUUUGGCUCCCGAAAUCAGACGAAUUUUGCGGUAAGGCAGAGAUGUCAUCAGAGCAACCCAUCACGAAGCGGAUUGUGGCAUCGGACUUAGCUCGAAUUUUUGAUCCUUUGGGAAUUUUUGGCCCCAUUACUGUAACAGCUAAAAUAUUCAUGCAGGAAUUGUGGCAACAAAACUAUUCCUGGGAUGCGGAACUGUUACCUCAGGCUCAGCUAGAAUGGAAGCGGUUUAGAACUGACUUACAAACAUUAAAUACUGUGAAAGUACCCAGACAUAUUUUUAAUUCGAAGGUUCCCUGUUCGAUUCAAUUACACGUGUUUACGGAUGCAUCAGAGAAGGCAUAUGGAGCAGCUAUGUACGUGCGAGCAAUAUAUAGUGAUAAGACAAUAACAUCGAGACUAUUGUGCGCCAAAUCUAGAAUAGCACCAUUAAAGAAACAGACACUUCCACGACUAGAACUCUGCGCAGCAUUGCUGGGAGUCGAAUUAGCAGAAAGAGUUAAACAAGAUUUAAAGUAUCAAAACGUGCCAACCUACUUUUGGUCCGAUUCCAAAAUUGUUUUGUCAUGGAUAAUAUCUUCAUCUGCCUCAUUGCACACAUUCGUAGCAAAUCGUAUUAGCAAAAUUCAAGAGAUGUCACAUGCUGAUCAAUGGCAUCAUGUGGUAUCAAAGGAUAAUCCUGCUGACAUCAUUUCCAGAGGAAUAAAGGGCUCAGAAUUUGCAAAAGAAAUCUCUGAUUUAAAACAAUGUAAAGCAGUCAACAGUUCGAGUCAACUAAAUACUUUAGCACCGUUCAUUGACGAACAAGGUGUACUUCGUGUUGGAGGAAGGCUUGAAGCAUCAACAUUGCCAUAUGAUGCUAAACACCCAAUGAAGAAACAGUUUCCUGAACUAUAUUGGACAAAAUCUCGUGAAUUGGCCGCAUUAACCUUUAAAACUGAUGACUUUUGA